CUCUUGUAAGUCCCUAUGAUUGCAAUAGAAGAUCAUAAGUUUACAAUCGGUUUCAUGUUCUCGUCCACACAGGAGAGAGACAUGACUAUCCUGGAUCCUCUGGGGAGCCUCAACAAUAUCCUGAUGCUGACGAGGCAGAGAAGAGUCUCUCCAGAUCAGAACACCAGAUGGACAACGCUAGCCCCUCCUCCCUCCCGGAGUCCCCGUGUCGAGCCUCUCCCGGUAGCAACUUACUGCUGGGUAUGAAGAGGUUGUCUGUGCUGCUGGUGGACUGCAGGAAAACAACGGGGCUGAGUGGAACUGUGAGAGAAGGAGAAGAGAAGAAAGGAUCAGAUUUGACUCACCGAAGAGGAAAACCAAACUUGGACGAACCAAAGACGUCCAAACCAGCAAGUCAACACCUCUGCUCCCAGAUUGGAAAGAGUUUUACCAAGUCAGGAAGCCUGAAAAUACAUGAGGGAAUACACACAGGGCAGAAGCCCUUCCUUUGCUCCCAGUGUGGGAAGAGUUUUAAGCGGUUAGACACCCUCAAAGCUCAUGAGCGUAUACACACAGUGGAGAAGCCUUUCCAUUGCUCCCAAUGUGGGAAGAGUUUUAAGCGGUUACUCACCCUCAAAGCUCAUGAGCGUAUACACACAGGGGAGAAGCCUUUCCAUUGCUCCCAGUGUGGGAAGAGUUUUAAGCGGUUAGACACUCUCAAAGCUCAUGAGCGUAUACACACAGGGGAGAAACCUUACAAAUGCGCAGACUGUGGGAAGAUGUAUUACUCAUCACACUCACUUAAAAGUCACGUGAGAAUUCACACAGGGGAGAAGCCUUACCUCUGCUCCCUAUGUGGAAAGAGUUUUAGUCACUUUGGAAACAUGAAAUCUCAUGAGCGAAUACACACAGGGGAGAAGCGUUACCACUGCUCCCAGUGUGGAAAGAGUUUUAACUAUUCAGGAAACCUAAAAGAGCACACGAGACUGCACACAGGGGAGAAGCCUUACAAAUGCUCAGACUGUGGGAAGACCUAUUACUCUUCACAGUCACUUAAAAUUCAUGUGAGAAUCCACACAGGGGAGAAGCCUUACCACUGCCCCCAGUGUGGAAAUAGUUUUAGUCACUUAGGAACCCUGAAAGUUCAUCAGCGACUACACACAGGGGAGAAGCCUUACCACUGCUCCCAGUGUGGAAAGAGUUUUGGCCAAGUAGGAACCCUGAAAGCUCAUGAGCGAAUACACACAGGAGAGAAGCCUUACCACUGCUCCCAGUGUGGAAAGCGUUUUAACCAUUCGGGAAAGCUGAAAAAACAUGUGAGAAUUCACACAGGAGAGAAUAAUUACUUCUCCUUGACUUCUUAAAAUGCAUCAGAGAACAUACACAGUGCUCCCAUUGUCUUUAAUUGUUGACUGAGAAUGUAUUUUCUUGUUUAUACCAUAUGAAUUUAAAUUGUACAAUGCAAAUAUAUUUAUGUGUUUUUGUUAGAAAACAUGAAUUGAAUAUGGAGUACAGUGGUUCAUCCUUUAAAAGUUGCAGCGUACUGCAGCACAGCUUGCAUGGUGCCACAGAAUUCUAUGGCAUGUUAUUUACGUGUCACCCACUGUCACCAAUAAUGCUAGUAAGUGCUAGUUUGACCACCAGAGGGCAUCUUUGAGAAGCAUUUGAUUGCCUUCAAUAGUGGCUGUACUAGAGCAUUUAAAACUUGUUUUUGUAAGAACAAUGUAAAUGGGACUGAUAUCAAGAAAUGUUUCUUUAUUAAUUUGAUUAACCUGAACCCAGUUUCGCUAGCGGAACCCCUCGCCAACAGCCAAUGAAAUUUCAGCCAAAUAAAAAUCAACAGAAAUCUCAUAAAUAAAAUUUCUCAAACAUACAAGUGUUAGGCAUCAUUUUAAAGAUAUAAUUCUCGUUAAUCCAGCCACAGUGUCUGAUUUCAAAA